CCGCCAUCCCCCCUUCAUUUGGCCCCCCCCUUAUACAUACAUCUCUCCUGCCUCCCCUCCAUCCACCGCUUCCAGUCCUACAGCAAGACUCCACCAACUUACCAAUCGUUGUCUAUUCCUCUACUCUUCUCGCCCCCUUCUCCGCUCACUCUUUCGCUCGCCCUCCGUACUGAUCAUUCAACAAUUGUUCGUCGACACUUGCUUCUGACCUGA